UCAGCCAGUUCAGUUCAGUUCCCACCCCCAUUUUUUUUUUUUUCGUUUCCUGAUCCUCUUUUCCUGUCUCACUUUCUUUUUUUUCCCCUUCGGGUUGCAUAUAGGCUUUAAAUCAUCUCAUACCACUUUCAAUUUCAAAAACCAAUCUAACCUAUUCCAAUUCAACCAUUUUGAAUCGUUUAUAUAUAUAUAGAUAUAUCCAUAUUCAUUCAUACUCAUAGUUGAUAUCAUCAUUCAACUUAUCAUCAUACCCAUCCUUUCAUAAACAUAUACCCCUUAAUCCAUAUGUCUAUCUUUUAUUCAAAUAUACCUCCCCCACAAUUUCAUCCCACGUCUCAAUUAUCUCAUACUUCACCAUCCAACUCCAGUAACGACGGCCAAAGCCCGACACCAACUCCAACUGAAACUCAACAAGAUAUAGUAUCACCAUCUUCCAUACCUAGAUCUCUCCCGGCUGCAUUCUCGAGAAGAGUCUCAUUUAAUAACAUCCAUCCUGAAUACCUUAAUGAAUGUCCAUCCAAUACUUAUGUUCAAUCGGUAGGAGCAUCUAAUAUAACAGCAUCUUUAUUAAGUCAGAAUCCAGGUACUACCUCCAUCAUAAACAAUAACACCAACUCUAUAACCAACAAUAAUAAUAAUACUGUUACUGUUUCAUCUACUUUAAAUAAUACUAAUAAUGAUUUUGGAUAUGGUUCGACUAUAUAUAAUAAUGAUUUAGCUAAAACUUAUUCUCAUUAUGUCCCAGUAAAGAAGAAGUUAAAAUUACCUGAUCCUCCAUCCAAAUCAAUUUUAAAGAAUAAAGUAUCUUCUCAACAAAUGGAAUUCACUAUUAGUGGUGAAACUAUAAAUUAUCAUGAUAUUGAUGAAGAUUUAGCUAAUAAUCAUUUCGAUACUUUAGAUUUUACAGAUGAUAAUAUAUCAACCACCACAAAUGAACCUCCUAAAAAUAGAAGAAAAUCUUAUUCAGAAAUGACUUAUGAAGAAUUAAUGGCUUUAGAUCCUCAAUUUAAAAAUACAAAAUCAAAAACAAAUGUCGAUCAAUUUAAAUUCGAUAGUCAAAAGACCUAUUAUUUACCAUCUACUAAACGUUCAUCAAUAUCUUCUGGUGGAUUGGGUGGUGCUAAUGCAAAGAAUGGAGGUUAUCCAUCUUCAAAUGAAAAUAAUUAUAAAUCAAUCAAUAUCACUGUUAAACAUAAUGAAUUUGAUUCUAUUUCUUUUGGAAGAACUUUAUUAACAGUGAUUUCAGGUAGAAAACAUACUUGGAAUUCUAUUGAUUGGUUAUUUCUCAUUAAUGAAUUUGAAUCUCAACUGCAUACGUUUUUAAAUGAUGGGGAUUAUAUUAUUAUUUCAAGUUUAAUUUCUCAAAAAUUCUUAAAAGAAUAUAAUCCUAAAAACUAUAAAAAGAAAUCAAUCGAUGAAUACCUUUAUAGUAAAGGAGAAAAUCUUAUUAAUUAUCUUAUAAAUCGUCUUUAUCUCAAAUUCAAUGAUUUGAAAUUAAAAAUCACAGUGGAGUUUGUGAUGGAAGACUUUUAUGAUACGGAUCCAUCUCAACAAUCAUUAAUCAAUACUCCAAAUACUAAUAAUUCAUUAGGGAAUAAAUUCAUGAUCAAUCAUCUUUUUAAACAAUAUCAUCCUAAUUUAUUCAUCAUUGGGAAUAAAUCAUCCAAUUUGAAUUUCAAAUAUCCUAUUAAGAUUAAAAAACAAAAUGAAAAAGAUGAAUAUCUUAUCAAAUUAGCCAGUUAUGUCGUGAAGUAUUCAACCAUACCAGUCAUUUUAAUCGGUAGUAAUAAUCGUUAUCAUUAUGUUCAUCCUCAUUCUCAUGAAGAUCAUGUUCAUCAUACUCCAGGAUUGAAAUUUGUUGAUUCUCUCCCAUCACCAACAUUAAACAAAUCAUUCUCAAAUUCUAUUCCUGUUAUCCCAAGUAUAUCCUUAACUCAACAUGAUUCAAACACGACUAAGAAGAAGAAAUUCAGAACUGAUUCUACAUCAUCGUCAAUAGAAUCAAUUGAAUCAUUUUAUGGCGGUGAAGGCGGUAAUGGGAAUGGGAAUGGUUCUUCUGCAGGUAAUAAUCCUAUCGCAUUGACAUCUACUUCUGGUUCGAAAUAUUCUUCGAAAUCAGAUAUCGGAUUGGAACAAUCAGAAAGUCAUCAAGCAUUUGAGGACAAAUUCAUUGAUUUAAAUGAAUCCUCUGAUUAUGAUGAUCCUUUGAAAUUCAAGAAUUUGAUUUCCCUCAUUUCGGAUCAGUCUUUAUCGGAUUGUAAGUCAUAUUUAAAGGCGCUUAAUUCAAAAGAUGAUUCGCUCAAGAUUAAUACUAAGAUUCAUUCCAUUUAUAGAUCGCAAAGUUUAGGUGGAACGUCUUCCUCUUUCGGAGGAGGAAGUAAUGGUUCAUUCCUUGAUAAUAGUUCCUCAGGUGGAAGAGCAGCUUCGAUUUAUUCCAUAGGUAGUAAUGGAUCUAAAGAUGAUUACACUUUUGGAACUAAUCAAAUUUAUAAAGUUAAAUCUUUAAUCAGUUAUGAUGAUGAUGAGAAGGAUAAGAAAGAGAUGAAGAAGAAGAGAUCAACUCUGAGUAUUGGACCGGGUGCUGAUUAUUUAUCAACUGUUAAGAAUUUAAAGAAUAAAGCUCAAGAAAAGGAAAAUGCUAUCAGUCCUAAUUCUAGUGAUUCUGAUAUUAAUCUGAAAAAGAAGAAAUCAAUUUGGAAAAAAAUGGGAUUUAAAAAGUAGAUGAAUUAAACACAUACUUUUCACUAUUCUCUACUAACAUUGAUUUUACAUUAAUCUAACACGUUAAAUUUAUAAACACUUUUACAUAUAUAGUUAUUUAUUUAUUAUAUCUACUAAUUAAUUAAUUAAUACACACAUCCAUCUAUCCAUCCA